CUCAACCUGCUUCCUGCUCCCUAGGAACACACUUGAAGCUGAACACUUGCUGCAGCGAGCACUCCUUCCGCACCUUGGGGAUGAUGGCUAGGCGGCCAAGGCACAGUGUUUACAGCAGUGAUGAGGAUGAUGAAGAAAUUGAAAUGUAUGAUCAUGACUAUGAUGGACCUUUGCCAAAAUCAGGGAAAAGACAUUUAGGAAAAACUAGAUGGACCAGAGAAGAAGAUGAAAAAUUAAAAAAACUUGUCGAGCACCAUGGAACAGAAGACUGGAAAGUGAUUGCUAACUUUCUUGCUAACCGGACAGAUGUGCAGUGCCAACACCGGUGGCAGAAGGUUUUAAACCCAGAACUUAUUAAAGGGCCAUGGACAAAAGAAGAAGAUCAAAGGGUUAUUGAGCUGGUUCAGAAAUAUGGCCCCAAACGGUGGUCUGUUAUUGCAAAGCACUUAAAAGGAAGAAUUGGUAAGCAGUGUCGGGAGAGGUGGCAUAAUCAUCUAAAUCCAGAAGUUAAAAAAACUUCCUGGACAGAAGAAGAAGACAAAAUAAUUUAUCAAGCACACAAGAGACUGGGCAACAGAUGGGCAGAAAUUGCGAAACUACUCCCUGGAAGGACAGAUAAUGCUAUCAAGAACCACUGGAAUUCUACAAUGCGUCGCAAGGUUGAACAAGAAGGUUAUCUUCAGCACUCCCCCAAAGCAGGCCAGCCAGCCCUAGCCACAAAUUAUUCAAAGGCUAACCACAUAAUGGGCUUCGCCCAUUCUCCAUCACCAACUCAGAUACAAACAACACAACCCACACUGAGUGGAGACUAUCAGUACUACCACAUCCCAGAAACGCAAAAUAUUGCUGCUCAGCUUCCUUUUCCUGUAGCUCUACAUGUGAAUAUACUGAACAUUUCCCAGUCCGCCAAUGGAACUUCAUCUAUUCAGAGACACUAUAAUGAGGAAGAUCCUGACAAAGAGAAAAGAAUAAAGGAAUUAGAGUUGCUACUUAUGUCAACUGAGAAUGAACUGAGAGGGCAGCAAGCAUUACCAAAUCAGGUGCCAAACUACCCAGGAUGGAGUGGACCCCACAUAGCUGGUAGCACAGUGCCACAUCGGGAGACUGUUGCCAUUUCCUGCUUGCCAGAGCAGCCACAGCCCUGUGCGCCUCCGACUCCAAUAGACCACAGCUGUGCCUCGGAAGAGAGCAUCUCCCCGGCACAGAGCAUGGCGGGAAGUCAGAAUAAUGUUUUGUCCCCUCUCCCAGAAUACACAGAAACACUUCAGCUAAUCGAUUCAGAUCCAUCCACGUGGGGCAACCUCAACAGUUUUGAACUACUUGAAGGUGCAGAUGCUUCGUCUUGCAAAUCACCGGAAGCCAAAUGUACAGAAACUGGGGGGUGUGAGGGUAGCAGGAAUACUAAAGCACUCUCACGAGAAAAGACUCUGUGUCAGGGUUCUCCUGCUUCACGAGAGUCUCUGUCAGCCUCAAAGUUCAGUGACUCCCCCUCAGUCACCCUUCGAAAACGGAAAGGAAAUGCCAGUCUGUCAGCCACUUGUGACGUGCUGGUAGACCUCACCUGCUCAACUCCCAAGCGUUCCCCUGUCAAAAGCCUGCCCUUCUCACCUUCUCAGUUUUUUAACACUUCUUCAAAUCAAGAAAACCUUGAGAUGGACACCCCAACGUUAACCUCCACUCCCAUCUGUGUUCAGAAAACUUUAACAAGUACUACACUGCACAGGGAUCACACGCCUAAACCUCAGAAAGAGAAUGAUGUCUUUAGAACUCCAAAUAUCAGGCGAUCAAUCAUGGAGACAUCACCAAGGACCCCGACCCCUUUCAAGACUGCACUUGCUUUACAAGAAAUUAAAUAUGGCCCGUUAAAAAUGCUGCCUCAAACUCCACAUCUUGAACAAGACCUGGAAGAAGUAAUCAAGCAAGAAACUGAUGAAUCAGGAAUUUCUGCAUGUUUACAUGAAGAGGAACAUCAAAUUUUAAAGAAAAUCAAACAAGAGGUGGAAUCUCCUAGUGAAAGGAUAAGAAAUAUUUUUCAUUGGGAAGGAACAAGUCUCAACACUCAGCUUUUUUCACAAAGCAGUUCUUUGGAUGAUGCACCAGUAUGUAAUAUUCUCACAAGUUCAGUGUUAAUGAUGCCGGUAGUCAACAAAAGCGAAGACAAUCUCAUUAAAGCUCUUAAUGUGCCUCGAAGACCUAUGGGAAGUCCUUUACAGCAGUUCGGUGCGUGGGAAGCAGUGGCAUGUGGGAAGACUGAAGAUCAAAUCCAUGUAACUGAGCAGGCGCACAAGUACAUUAACACAUUCUCAGCCAGGACGUUAGUCAUGUAGAGAUUUUAUACUAAGCAUUACCUUAAAAGAAAAAAGGAAAAAAAUGCAAGAGAACCAAAACACUUCACGUUGAUUUCAAUCAACAUUCCCUCUGCAUGAAGACGGGGAGCCUAUUUGUUGUGGUACAACAGUUGGGAGCAGGCAUAUUUUGGUUUGCCAUUAUGCAUACACUUGUUGGAUUUCAACCAACCAAAGAGAACUUUAAAAAAAAAAAAAAAA